ACGUCAUCGCUGGGGGCGGGGUAAGCGAGCCGGCCGGCUGGCGAAGACGGGACCAGAGCCCCAUGGAGCCGCCAGGGGAGACUCGGCCCUGCCCCAGGGGCCACCUCCUGGACCUGCCCUGGGAGGACAUCCUGGUGCCACACAUCCUCUGCCAUCUGCCUCUGCGACAGCUCCUGAGCCUGCAGAGGGUCAGCAAGCCAUUCCAGACUCUCAUCCAGCUGUACCUGGCCAACAUGCGCUGCUUUGACUCUAGCCAGGUUGGUCCUCACCUCCCCAAAACUGCUUUCUGUAACCUUCUGAAAGACAACGAAGUUCUGCAACAGCUGGCGCUCCAGAACUGCUCUGAUUGGCUGACUGACAAGGAGCUGCUUCCUGUGAUUGGCCAGAACCACCACCUGCAGCAGAUCCAGCUGAGCAGCUGCCUGCAGCUGAGCCGGCAUGCCCUGGUGGCCAUCUCACUGAGCUGCCCCCAUGUGCGCAGUCUCUCCCUGGCUCACUGCGAGUGGGUGGACAGCCUCUCUCUGCGCAGCCUGGCUGACCACUGCAAGGGACUGGAGUCCCUGGACCUGACGGCCUGUCGCCAGCUGAAGGACGAAGCCAUCUGCUACCUGGCGCAGAAGUGCAGCAGGCUGAAGUCCCUCUCUCUGGCUGUCAAUGCCAACGUGGGUGACACGGCGGUGGAGGAGAUUGCCAAGUGCUGCCCUGAGCUGGAGCACCUGGACCUCACCGGGUGUCUGCGGGUCAAGAAUGAGUCCAUUAGGGUCCUGGCCGAGUACUGCACCAAGCUGCGCUCGCUGAAGGUGAAACACUGUCAUAAGGUGGCCGAGUCCAGCCUGAGCAUCCUCCGUGGCCGUGGGGUGGAGCUGGAUGUGGAGCUGCCGCUGCAGAGGGCCCUUGUUCUCCUGCAGGAUGGGGUUGGAUUUGCCCCCUUCAUUAACCUUCAGAUCUAGAGGAGGGGGACGGCUGCUGCUGCUGCUGAGGCGGGAGAGAGCGCCCAGCUGGCCUCUGCCUCCUGGAGGGUGCUGUAAGAAAUUGCUGCUGAGACACUCAGAGGGAGCAGUCAGUCCCAUCAGUGUGGCUGGUCCUGAUAGGGCUCUCUGACCUCCCUCUACCCCCCGCCACCUUGGUGCUCUUUAGCCACGGCUGUGUUUGUAACAGGGCUCCCGCAUUGCCUCCUGGGGGGAGCGGCAGCACUUUGCAGUGGUGUGAAAAGUGAGAGGCGCUCUCAGCAACGCCGUGGUGCUGAACACACCCUGGCUGGGCCAGGUCAGCUGGUAAACAGGAUAUAUUAUUUAAGCAAUAUUUAAAAUCUCUAAGUCCAGCAUGCUGGGCAUCGGCUUUACAGAGAACAAGAUGCUGUGCAGGGACUAUGGCCGUGGACUGGCUGCAGAACUGUUGAAUAAACCAGACCACCUCUGCCCUAUCGAAGGGGAAGUGCUGAGCUCUCCCCCCAGCCAGGACAGGGCUUGCUGAGCUGGGGGGGAGGGAGUCUCAGUGAUAGCUACAGUGCACUGGAACGACCUUGUCAGAAACCGGCGGGCCAUCUCCCAACAGCAGUGGCACAGGCUAGUCACCCGGACCAGGCAGCUGUGGGUCUGGGCAGCUUCGUACCCAGGGCAGCUAGCCUGUACCACCCCUUGCUGCGUGUGCUACUGGAGCUACGCUGCUGCUUUUAGCACCUGGCUCGAUGAGAGCUGGGAAUCACAGCCCUAGCUCCAAGCGUGGGCUGGAGGAGAAAGCGACACUAGCCCUGGAGUGCGGGGGGCCUGAUUCCCAAGUGCUAGGGCAGGGAGAAGAGCAAGGCCCCUGUGGGUUCUGUACAGCAGGGGGCAGAUACCACUUACUGCUGGGGAACUCAGUUCACAUCAGAGUUUGGUCAGAAGUGUAGCAAGCCUUCAUCCUGGGCUGUGUCCCCUGCUCAUCACAGGGCUGGUGGCUGCCACUCAGGUUCCAGCCCUGAAAUAGCAGGGCUCUGGAGGGGUGUCCUCAGCUGCUGGCCCUAUCGGGCUGCUGCAGAGCCAUCAGGAAGUGUGCUGGCAGAGAUGUGGGGAGCUCACAAUACCAGGCCUAGUUUCUAACCUAAGCCCUCACAAUCACUGUGCAUUCAACACGCUGAAGGAGCUGCAGGUAGCCAGUCUACAGGCACCAUCUCAUGCCUCGGGCGGGGGUGCGGCAGAGACAGAAAGAUGCAGCUUAAGCCUCCAACCAACCGUGAGGGGCUGCAGGUGCGCGACCCUUCCCAGGAGCAAAUGUACUCUGGCUGAAUUCCACACUAAUUCACGCCAUCUUUACUAACAGUCACGAUCAACAGAAACACCAUUGCACACACAUUUAAAAAGACAGCUGUGAACUGCACUAGCCACACAUUAGCUAUAAAAAAUCCCCAUGCAAGGAAUGGCAGAGAGGUCCAGGACACACAUCAGCUGUGUUAGUCAAAUUUGCCAUAGUGACGGCUGGCUCCUGGCUGCGGAGGGACAGUUUGGAAGGUUACACAAACAGCGUUGCUGAACAGGCUUCUCUGGGACAUCAUGCUAUAAUUAGAGGCUGACAGCAGCAUGCUGGCUCCUAGUGGUAGGUUAGUUCCAGUCCGAGGAGUAUAGAAGGCCCCUCUCAUCCUUCCUGCUUCCCUGGUCUGUCCCUCCAUGCCUCAGCCAGCAAGACAGAGGAAGAUGCCUUGGAGGGAAUGUCCGUCAGUGGAAUUUGUAUUUCUUGGCUGGCUUGAGGCUGAUGUAAGUUCUCUUCAUCUCCUCGCUCUCUGGCUUCUUAAUGUCUUUGUACCUUUCUCCCUUUGUACUCACCACCUGGUUGUCAAUGUAGCGGAUCAGUUUCUUGGGAGCCUAGGAAGGAAGUGAAAUUGAUGUGAAGUGGAAAGUGAUGGGAGCCCUGGGUGCAUCUGCAGGGCAGGCUUGGGUGUGUCUUCGGGGCAGGUGGAAUUAGCAUCAACUGAAAGCAUUAGGUUCGGUGUUUCACACGUUCUUUAAGAGCAGGACUAGCUGAUCUCAGCAGCUGGAGAACACUGCGUGAGUCUUGGUUAAAUAACUGGUAGGAAAGCAAGAUGAAGCCAUGGGGGUAUACAUACACCCCCGUGGGGAAGCACAGCAUUAGGCUGAAGUGGUAAACAGUGACAGCUCCUGCUGCCAGUCUUACACCUCUCUUGGCUGGACCAGUUCCCCCUUCCUUCCAGCCAAAGGCUCUGUGAAUGGGGCUUUAACUGUGGCAGAUUCACCCUGCUGCCAACCUGUAGUUGGACCCUGCUAUAGCCAAAGACUCUCAUAGCCAUACCGACCGUGGCUCUCCUCACCUCCUUUGGCGGCACCGGCCUGUGUGUUUUCUGGUCCUCCUCGCUGUCCACCAUCAUGUAUCUGAAACACAGUCAGGGAUUAGUGAAAGCUGCAACACACACAACACUAUCAUGGGCUACUCACAUCCCAUUUCCUUAUCCCCCGCCCCAUUUUCAGUGUGACCUCAACACCGGCUGCACUCCACUUCCAGCUGGAACACCGGGGAUGAGCCCAGGACUAACAGUGGGAGGGAGGAGGUACUACAGCAUCAGAGGUGCUAUCCUUUCAAUGGGUGGGAUCUGCACAGCCAGCUAAAGGACCCUGAAGCGACGUCCCAGGCCAUAUGAAGUGUACCUGAAGGCAGCCUGGCUACAUGGUUUGCUCAAAUAGGCCCAGAUCCUCCAAGAUAUUUAAGUGCCUAGCUCCUAAAUGGCAGUUAGGCACCUAAAUACCUUGGAGGAUCUGGGGCCAUAAUCUUUGCCCUGUCAAGAGUUGCUCGGAGGUGGAAGAGGCAAGUUCUGGUCUAUUUUAGGAAGCAGGUUUGCUACUUUCCAAUCUCUGUGGGCAGGCAGCAUCUACGAUGUGUUCUGAGCACCACGCAGCUGAAGGACUCGACUGAGAUGCACAGCGGUGGGUUCCUGGUAGCACAGUGCUGAAGUGGCUGCAUCUCUCAUUUCAGAGAUGACUUCCCUUCAAAACUUCAUGCCCUUUGCUAAAGGGUUUUGUUUGAGGGGUAAAGUGUCCCCUCGCUCCAUGUUUGACUGAUGCACAGGUACGUGCUCACUGCACUGAUGAGUUCUUUACUCCCUUUUGCCACUCUAGAGCCAAUACAACUAUGUGACAGCACAGCCAGCCUUGGUCUUUUGUCCCUGAGCUAGGAUAGCUGCUCCUGUGUAUUUCCAGCUAGAAGACUGCUCUCGCUCACUGUGCUUGAGUUGUGUUGUAAGGACCUUGGCAAAGCCACCAUUAAAGUGAGGUUAGCAUA